GCCCGCGGGGCCGAGCGCGCGGCGGGGGGGAGCGGGCAGCCAGCAUGUUUCUGGAGCCCCAGGAAGCUAUGCCCCAGACGUCCAUCUUCUCCAGCGUCCUCGCGCCCGGCUGUAGUGGACAGGGGCUGCCCGGCAUGGGGGAGCGCGGAGGCGGGGGCGGCAGCUCGGGGGAGCUCAUCUUCCAGGACGGACGCCUGGUCUCCGGGUCCCUGGAGGCCUUGAUGGAGCACCUGGUCCCCACGGUGGACUAUUACCCCGACAGGACGUACAUCUUCACCUUCCUCCUGAGCUCCCGGGUCUUCCUGCCCCCUCACGACCUGCUGGCCCGCGUGGGGCAGAUCUGCCUGGAGCAGAGGCAGCAGCUGGAGGCCGGGGCUGACAAGGCCAAGCUGAAGUCCUUCUCAGCCAAGAUCGUGCAGCUCCUCAAGGAGUGGACAGAGGCCUUCCCCUACGACUUCCAGGGCGAGAAGGCCAUGGCCGAGCUGAAGACCAUCACGCAGCGCGUCACGCAGUACGACGAGGAGAACGGCACUGUGAAGCGGGCCAUCGCCCAGAUGACGCAGAACCUGCUGCUGUCCCUGGCCGCCCGGAGCCAGCUCCAGGAGCUCCGGGAGAAGCUCCGCCCGCCUCCAGGGGACAAAGGGCCCGUCCUCAAGGCCAAGCCACCGGCCGCCCAGAAGGACAUCCUGGGCGUGUGCUGUGACCCCCUGGUGCUGGCCCAGCAGCUGACGCACAUCGAGCUGGAGAGGGUCAGCAGCGUCCACCCCGAGGACCUGAUGCAGGUCAUCAGCCACAUGGAUGCCCCAGAAAACCACAGGUGCCGCGGGGACCUGACCAAGACCUACGGCCUGGAAGCCUACGACAACUGGUUCAACUGCCUGAGCAUGCUGGUGGCCACAGAGGUGUGCCGGGUGGUGAAGAAAAAGCAGCGGACCAGGAUGGUGGAGUUUUUCAUCGACGUGGCCAGAGAGUGCUUCAACAUCGGCAACUUCAACUCCAUGAUGGCCAUUAUCUCUGGCAUGAACCUCAGUCCCGUGGCACGGCUGAAGAAGACGUGGUCGAAGGUCAAGACGGCCAAGUUCGACGUCCUGGAGCACCACAUGGACCCGUCUAGCAACUUCUGCAACUACCGCACGGCCCUGCAGGGCGCCACGCAGAGAUCCCAGACGGCCAACAGCAGCCGCGAGAAGAUCGUCAUCCCCGUCUUCAACCUCUUCGUGAAGGACAUUUACUUUCUGCACAAAAUCCACGCAAACCGCCUGCCCAACGGGCAGGUCAACUUCAAGAAAUUCUGGGAGAUUUCCAGACAGAUCCACGACUUCAUGACGUGGACGCAGGUCGAGUGCCCCUUUGAGAAGGACAAGAAGAUCCAGAGCUACCUGCUCACAGCACCCAUCUACAGCGAGGAAGCACUCUUCAUCGCCUCCUUUGAAAGCGAAGGGCCCGAGAACCACAUGGAGAAGGACAGCUGGAAGACCCUAAGGACCACUCUCCUUAACAGAGCCUGAAGGCUGGGCCCCCCGCAGGGGGACAGAAGCACAAAAAAGAGCCACACUUUAAUCUUGACCGACGGGGGUGGAGAGAAAGGAGGCCUCGCUGGCUGGGGUCCGUUUUGUAUAUAUCUUUUAUGACAGCAAAAAAAGGAAUUAUUUCACGCAUCAACCUUUGGCACUUACAAGAAGAAAAGUUUUUUUGUUUAUUUUACAUAACAGGGCGGGGCCCUGUUUCGGGGAGGGGGUGGGGGAGAGUAUCAUGGCAGAUGGCAACCAUGAUAAUGUCUUAUUCUAAUGAAAUGUAGAGUUUUAUUUUGUACUUUUGAUUAUUAACAUCUUAAGAAAAAGAUAUUUGAAAAAAAAAAAAAAAACCCAACCAAAACCAACAUGAGCCCUUGCGCGCUCGGACGCCUUUCCAGCCAGUGUCUCUGAUGUCGGGGUGAGUGCCUUAGAGGGUGCUGAGGGUGCCGGCUUCCUGCUCUCUGCCUGCAGCUGGAAGGAGCCCACCGCGUCUCUGGGACCCCCUGGAAAGUCCUGCUCCGGGGCUGUCGGGUUCCCUGGCGCUGGAAAGCACAGGCCUCGCGUGGUUCCAGCAGGACGGGCUUGGGCGGCCGGGCGGCCGCGUGUGUAGCUUGGGCAAGUGAACCUCGGGGUACGGGCUUUCCAAAGUUUACAUUUUCAUUUUCCUUUAUCAGGGAUUUGUGGGGUUGGGGAGGGGCAGGGCACCCCCAGGUUUGUACCUGGGCUGAGACUUUCCCACCUGGCGGCAUGUUUUCUGUUGGGAUAUGUCUGGCAAAUUGUUCUUAGACUGCAUUUCAGGAAAAGAGAAAACCCGAAAUAUCGUAGGGGAGGGAGUCUUGAAAUUGUUGCAAUGAAGAGAAUACAAAGUAGGGUAUAUGAUGGUGACAGUGAAAGCCAUUAUUUAAGCCCAAGUAGGAAGUUAAAUGAAGCAGUUUUCUAAACCAAGUGUUUCAUCGGAUUGCACAUUUCCUUCUGUUGGUGUGGGAACCCCCCUAAUUGGGAUCGUGAGAUGGAAGGUUAGCCAGACGGUUGACUGCCGCAGCCCAUUCAGACACAACUGCCCAGCGCCAGGAGCGUCUGUCGUCACCUACGCUGGGGGAGAGGAGCCUCCUUGAUUCUCUGGUCUCACGGCGGGAGCCCCAGGCCUCCCUGACUGGGGGCCAGGACAGCUGUGUCCCCAGAAGCCGGACGAGGUCCGCCCGCCCCGAAGCCAUCUCCCCUCGCGGCGGGGUUUCCGUGCCUGUGUCCGCAGUCACCCUUGCUGGGGGCACAGCCUGGCGGAGGUGAAGGGGCGGCGCGGUGGGGGUGCCUGGGGGGCCGGGGCUGCCUCAGGAAGGACGCGACUGUGUGAGCUGCUGCUCAUUUCCCCUCAGCCCUGGGUAGAGUAAGGAUAUCCACACUGUAUUCUUACAGUGUUUUUGCACUUUUCAGACGUUCUAGAUAGUACAUAUUGUAUAUUGAUAGUACAUAUUGCUUCGUUUGUAUUUGAGAUCAAGGCCGAAAACUUGAGAGUAUAUAUUUGAAAUACAGCGUGAGAACCUUUUCUGUACCUGUGUUAAAGAGCUUUCACGUAAAUGUGCACUUCACUGGGUCCUCAGUUCUAGUACUUACCUGAGACGGUGUUUAUGUUUGCUAUUUUAUUUUCCCAAUUUGAUACGUCCCUCAAUAUGCUGUUUUGGUAUUCGAGAUGAACUCUGAGCGUAAAGCUGUACCAUAACGCAGGCGUCGGCUCUCUGUGUGAUUGGACAUACUUGCAUCAAUAAAAGGAUGUGCUGCGCCCC